AUGGCAUCGUCCACGGUCUUUGACAAUAUUUCAUCCUCUCAUGAUGAGGAUUUCAAACAAUCUGAAAAUCCAGGACUGAAGAUCACAUCAUCUCCUCUCACAGGGCCUAAUUUUCUCCAGUGGCAACAGGCUGUCCGCAUCUUUAUUGGCGGCAAAUGGAAACUUGGCCACAUCACUGGGACCCUUUCAUGUCUAGCCGAUGGAGACUCCAAGAAAGUAGAAUGGGAAUCUGAUGACAUGAUUGUAAUGUCAUGGUUAUGGAACUCUAUGGCCGACAAUGUCCGAAGUGGCCUUCUUUUCUUAAAAACGGUAAAAGAAAUAUGGGACACGGUCCAUGAACUCUAUAGCGAUGCGCACAACAUGUCACGCAUCUUUCAAUUAGAGAAGGAGAUCGCCUCUCUCCAACAGAACGACAAAAGCCUCACAGAGUACUAUGCUAAACUCCGGAGUUUAUGGGAGGAGCUCGCCUAUCAUGAUGAGGAAGAUACCUAUUGUUCUCGAGAUGUGAUUCUUAUCAAGAAACGUCAGGAGCGACGCCGGAUCUUCAAGUUUUUAGAUGGCCUUAAUAAUGAGUACGAGAUACUCCGACAACAAAUCAUCCACAACGCUGAGACGAUGACCUUGAAUCAGAUUUUCCGAGAAGAAUAUGAUAACCUGAUCGCCCAGAAGGCUAGCCUUUCAGUCUCAAAAUCCAUGGCUACUUCUAGUUCCCCAAUGUCCAUUACAUCCACUCCUGCCUCCUCUUCCCAACCCUGGGUCAUAGACACCGGGGCCACCGAUCAUAUGACUGGUUCAGUCAAGUUAGCAAACGGAAACCUUACUCCCAUUACGGGGUCAGGAACUGUUCCUCUGACCUCUACUGUCUCCCUCGACAAGACCCUUCUUGUCCCGGGUCUUGACUCCAAUUUGCUUUCUGAUCUCAGGACGCAGAAGAUGUUCAACCUCGCACAACAGCUCAUCUUCUUUCAGUCACUCAGGAGGAUUUUUUUCGAUGGCACUGUCGAUAUGGUCAUCCCUCUUUUUCCAUUUUACUUUUUUUCUCCAACGACUUCAUCUCCUCUCUUAUCCCCACAUGUUACUCCUAUCCCUUUUCUAAACUCACCGUCCCCUACCUCACCUUCUCCGCCAUCACUUUCCACAACUCCACCACCGCCACCACGCCGCUCCACUCGUCCCAACUCUCGACCUCUUCAUUUACAGGACUAUGUUUGCACUCAAGCCUCAUCUAUCUUGCAGCACCGAAAAGGACGAGCCACCACAUCACUGCCUCCACCAUCAUCCGACGCUCCGCGAUCUGCUCCUGCCUCGGCUCUUUCUGCUUCUCCUAAGAAAGGUAUUCGUACUUGCACGUUUCAUCCUAUCCAGCAUUUCGUUUCUUAUCAGUCAUUAUCUCCAUCCUAUAGAACUUUUCUUGCCAAUGUUGAUUCUGUAUCUAUUGCUACACGAGUAGAUUUGGCUUUGGCAAACCCUCACUGGAAGCAUGCUAUGCUUGAGGAGAUGAAUGCCUUAGAAAAAAUCAAACUUGGAAGCUUGUUGAUUUACCAAUCGCGCAUCACUAAAGGGCUUACGGUGGUCUCGGUCUACGUUGAUGACAUCAUUGUUACGAGCGAUGAUUCUACUACUAUAUCUGACAUUAAGUCUCAUCUUGUUAGUACCUUUGAGGUAAAAGAUUUAGGCUCCUUGUAUUACUUCCUUAGCAUUGAGAUUGCUCGUUCUUGCUCUGGUAUUUCCUUAUAUCAGAGGAAAUAUACAUUGGAUUUACUCAAUGAGACGGGUAUGCUGGGCUGUAAGCCUGUUGCUACUCCUCUUGAGAUCAAUCAUCAACUCACCUCUCUCCUUGGUGAGUCUCUCUCAGAUCCUGGUCCGUAUCAGCGACUCAUUGGCCGUCUUAUUUACUUAACUAUUACACGACCCGAUAUCUCUCAUGCUGUGAGUGUGCUCAGUCAGUUUAUGCACUCACCACGGGCUGCCCAUUUUGAUGCUGCCUAUCAUGUUCUCCGUUAUCUCAAAGGUUCUCCUGGUAAGGGCCUUCUUUAUUCCAGACAUGGACACUUGUCUAUUUUUGCUUUUUCUGAUGCAGACUGGGCCGGUGCCAAAGAUGACCGGAAAUCUACAACCGGUUAUUGCUCGUUUGUGGGGAGCAAUUUGGUUACUUGGAAAAGUAAGAAGCAGCCGGUUGUUGCUCGAUCCAGUGCUGAGGCCGAAUAUAGGGCUAUGGCCCAUACAACUUAUGAAUUACUUUGGCUUAAGAAAUUUCUGACCGAGCUUGGCUUCUCUCCAUCUAGCCCUAUGCCGAUGAUGUGUGAUAAUCAGGCUGCCAUUCACAUUUCUACUAAUCCGGUUUUUCAUGAGCGCACAAAGCAUAUUGAGGUGGAUUGCCAUUUUAUUCGAGAGAAGAUUAAAUCCCAUGAAAUUAUAACUCCACAUGUUCGCACUGGGGACCAAUUGGCAGAUAUUUUCACUAAACCUCUUUCACGUGACCAGCAUGAUGCUAUCAUUGUCAAGCUUGGCCUUUUGAAUAUCUUUAGACCCCGCUUGAGGGGGAGUGUUGAAGGAACGCAUCCAGCCAGCUCAUCUACAGCAGAAAUCUCUCCUCUAUAA